AUGGGAUCUAUAAUCAGUGCUAAUCUUGGUCUCAUCGUCUUCGUCUUCUGCGUCAUCUUUAAUUUACAAUCGAUGGUUCAAUGUAUCAACAUUCAAGAUUUGGACGAUCUGAUUCGUUCAUACGCGGCUCGUGGCAAUACAAGAAGACACACAGGCUCGUUGUACGAAAUUCCACUACCGUCGAAUAUUUCCGACAUCAAAGCAUCGGUUGUUACGGUCCGUAACAGUAUGUUCUGGAGAAAAGGAGCCAACUUUAGUGGAAUUUACAUUCCUCCGAUGGUUAAAACGACGCCGUACGCUAAGAGGAUAGCUUUCGUCUACAAGAGUCUCGGUGAUUACUCCUCAUCGGUUUACUUCCGGUUAGCUGAUAAUUACUCUUUUGUGUCUCCGGUUAUUGGAUUCACAGCUUACGACGCGACGAACACGAAUGAUCUAAAAAAAUUGAAUCUUUCGAUCAAGAGAGACAACCCAAUCUCAAUCAGGUUCGAUGCUUACGUUUCACACAAUCAUGAAAGAAGAAGAAUCAAAUGCGUAGCCUUUGGAGAUAAUGGGUUGUUGAAUUUCAGCAAUAUAGCACGGAAUUACGAAUGUGCCACUACGAAUUCUCGUGGGCAUUACGCGCUUGUGGUUGUAAACCAGAAGCCGAAACCCGAACCGGAGUUGGUUCGGAGGAAGUGGUGGUGGUUCGCAUUAGCCGUGACCGGAAUAUCGGUCGUGGUUAUUGUGGUGAUUGUUGUUGUGGUGAAAUUAGUGAGGAAGAAGAGGUUAGGAGAGAUGGAGAGAGAGUCGGAGAAGAGUGAGAUGAUCGGAAAUAUUUGGAUUGGUCGGAGUAGAAUGCCGGCGGCGACGAUGGUGAGAACUCAGCCAUGUUUGGAGUAUCAUGAAGAUCUUCCUUCUUCUUCUUCUAGAUUUUUGUAG